AUGGACAAGUUUGGAGACAAUGAUGCUUCCAUGCUAGGUAAUGAUGCUCAGGGUUUCGUUGAUUAUGAUUCCUUAGGUGACAUCAUUCACGACUACAAGGACAUUCUGCUCAACAACCCACAGCCUGUCCAACACGGCUUGGAAGGGAUCGACGGUUUCAAUGAUCAUCGUGCCGUUGAUCGAUCGGAUCAUGUGGCGGCAUAUCCAGGUCCACAGGGGGGGCCGAUUAAUAUGCAAGUGAGGUCCACACAGGACUAUCUCCAGCCUAUGCUUCCUCCAAUCCCACAACAGCAACCAGAUCCAGAUGCAAUAGCACCUCUGGCCACCGGUCCCGACCAUAUCUACAUACACUUGUCGAAGUUUGACGACAAGCCGAUUCCUGGCAGUGCUGCCGCUGCAAAGCGGAUCAGAGCUUUGGAGCAGGCCAUCAGCGAGAUACGGACCCAAAAGAAGGCCCGGAGGGAGAGCGUAUCCAUCGGAACAGCCAAUUUCUAUAACUGUGGCCCGUCGAAUACACCCAUUGGUAAUCCUCAGACGCUGCCGUCUGGAUACCAAUAUCAAGCACCCUCAGCCUACUCCAACAUCCCAACAUACCCUAAUAACAUGGCAGGUGGGAGUGGUGAAACCAGCAACCCAAACCCUCCUCCGGCACCCACCGCCAACCCAGUUCCUGAUGUUAUAAACAUACAGACUUGGACGUCCUCAAAGAUCUACCUGCACGUCGGUGAAGGCAUGGCGUACAUCGGGGUCUGCACUUUGCACAAGUCCGAUCUCCUUCCUGCUAUCUGCGCCACGCUCGAGAAUCAUAAUAUCAUAAUCCUGUCAGUGAAAUCGUCCUCACAUGGCAACUGGAGGACUUUCUUCAUUAAAGUUCAGACGACUGGCCCGACACCAGAGCAGAUACUGAACGGAGUUACGGCAGCGCAGCUGUACAAAGAAGCUGCUGAUGAGAUCGCAUUGAUCGUCUGAUAUUGACGAUCAUCAAUCUUCUAUAUACUGAGAAUUUUCUUGUAUAUCUAUCCCUGUUAGUAUUAUAGAGGAAACAUUAGUAGCUGUCAGAAGCUU